AUGUUAAAAAUAACUAUCCUGAAAAAUGUGCUUGCUUUGUUUGUGAUUGCUACAUUGCCGCUAGCGGAUGCAGGCAACACUUGUCCGGCCGGAAAACCCUUCAUGUGCCGGUCCUCACCUACCUGUAUAGCACUGAAGUUUAUCUGUGAUAAAAACUAUGAUUGUGAGGACGGAUCAGAUGAGGACCCAGCCGACUGUUUGGCCUCCCACCGGCCAGACACAGACUUUAUAUUCAACUUAAUCGACCACGAAAAGAAAUGGAUGCUGCCAAAACUCUUCAACGGAGCCGCCCCUUUAAAGGUCGCUCAUGCUCUAAGAGAGGCCGCUGACAUGGAGGAGUUACGCCUUACCCUGGGGUUAACGGACGAAAACGUCCAGAACCUUCGCACGGCCUUCACCUAUGCUGUGGAGGGCGACGAGAGACCGCUUAUGGCGAUGGGCAUGGAAGAAAGGCAGUGGCACGAGGUUCAGCGCCUGUUCGAGGAGAUUUUAAACAGCGGCUUCUUGCCCUAG